UUCAAUAGCUUAGAGAAAUAAAGAAACAAACAAAGAAAAUAUCUUUUUAACGACAAUGGACGUUAGCUUCGUUACUCAGUUCUUGAUUUUCUUGUUCUGUGCAACUCUGCAAUUCUCUCCCUCAGAAUCCCAGAAAUGCACCUCGCAAAAAUUCAGAAGCAACAAACUCUUUGCAAAUUGCACUGAUCUUCCUGUCCUGAAUUCCUACCUACACUUCAACUACAAUUCUUCAAAUUCAUCUCUUUCCAUUGCUUUCAUCGCUUCUCCGGCCAAACCGGACGGCUGGAUUGCAUGGGCGAUCAACCCGACGUCCACUGGCAUGGUGGGUUCACAGGCUUUUAUAGCAUACAAAUCCAGCGGCUCUGUGAUCGUCAACACUUACAACAUUAGCGGCUAUACACCGCCUCAGGUAUCCAAGCUAUCGUUUGAUGCGUGGGACAUAAGUGCGGAGUCUGACGGCGAUAAUAUGGUGAUAUUUGCGACGGUGAAGGUGCCGGAGAAGGCAGAAAGUCUGAACCAGGUUUGGCAGGUGGGCUCAUCUGUAACGGGUAGCAUUCCAGACAAGCAUGAUACGGCGGCGGAUAACGAAAAUUCUAAAGGGUUAUUGAAAUUUGCGGCUGCUAGUUCUGCUCCUGCUCCUGCUCCUGCUCCUGCUUCUGCUCCUGCUCCUGCUUCUGAUAAAUCUGGAAGCUUUUCUGGAUUUGGAAAUUGGGAUGUUUCUUUGCUUGCUGGAUUAUUUAUCUUGCUUGGUAGUUCUCUUGCAAUUUGAGAAAUCUUCAAAUAGUUUAUGUUUCCAUUUAUUUUCGAUUUUCUUUGCUUCGGUUUCCUGCAGUUGAAUUUGUUAAGACUCUCAUUUUAUAGAAAAAUUAUUGCAAGAAUUAAU